AUGCCCGAAGACGCCCCCUACGACCCUUACAUCCCCAGCGGCCAGGCCGCGCCUCAACAGCAAGGUGCUGGCGGCAACGCGAGGACACAAGCCUUGCAAGCUCAAAUCGAUGACACCGUUGGUGUGAUGCGUGAGAACAUCAACAAGGUCUCCCAAAGAGGCGAGCGUCUCGAUGCUCUGCAAGACAAGACGGACAACCUGGCGGUUUCGGCUCAGGGGUUCCGUCGGGGCGCCAACCGCGUCCGUAAGCAGAUGUGGUGGAAGGACGUCAAGAUGCGCAUGUGCUUGAUUGCCGGCAUCAUCAUCCUCAUCCUCAUCAUUGUCAUUCCAGCGGUUGUUGCUACCCGCAAGUAA